AUGCACUGCCUUACAAGAGAUCUGGAGGUCCCCGCAGUACCCGAAGUUCUUAGGUGUACUCGCGGCGGCACGAUAGUUGGUCGUUCAACUCUGGAAGAGGCCUGCGGAGAAGCGAUGGACUCACAAUCAAGAGGCGGGCUUCUGAAAGCACUACAAGGCAUGAAUUACACCGAAAAGCUGCAUCUGUGCAAGCGGCUCAAAGACCAGGGAAAUGCACAUUAUGCAUCUGGCGAGUACGCCAAGGCUAUCGCACUUUACGAGCAGGGGCUUUUGGCUCUGGACUUCGGCACCUCAGAAGAGCAAGAAGCCGAUACUAAGCACCAGCUCCUCUUGCCCUUGCUGCUCAACCUGUGCGCCUGCUUGCUGAAGAUGCGCAGCUAUGCCAAGGCUCGUGCAGUUUGCAACGUCGCUCUAGAUGUAAACCCGCAUUGCCUCAAGGCCCUGUACAGACGGGGGCUGGCAGAGAAGGAACUCGGGGAACUCGAUGCAGCUACUCGAGACUUCCGAAAGGUCCUAGUCGCUUGCGAGAAGCACCGCCAAAGCCAGCAAAUGCAGAAGGCGCAACGAACACAAAGAAUGUUUCGUCCGCAGCAAGGCAGAGCUGUGCAGAACGCAAAACAUGCACUCUCUCAGAGAUUGACUGGCCCUCUCCCUCCCAGAGAAAGGCCUUGUAGUGGCAGUGGCGAUAAACCGGCAAGGUCAGAUGACCACAGUCCUGCCUCCCUGGAGGAGCAUGUUGCUGCUGCCCACUCAUGCGAGAAUUCUGGGAGCGAGGAGCCGUGGGAACUCCUUGCUAGGCAGUGCAGGCGGCAAGUGGCAAUUGUUCGCAUGCAAGAGCGGCGAUACCGUGCGGCGUGUUUGCGAAUGUUCAAAGCACAGCCCGCGGAGGCACAAGAGAAGCGGGUGCUCCCACAGGAGCAAGGAAGUUCUCAACAGGAGCCGUGCACUGGAAUAUGCUUUCGAGUAGAAUGCAAGGCUCGUGAGACCGCCACCACGCAAGAAGAUGUAGCUAGCCAAGGAUGUAGCAGUUCAUCAAGCGCAUAG